AUGUGUACUAUACAAUUAUCAAAAUCAAACGAUAAAACAUCUAAGAAAGCAUCCUUCAGUGUUGAAAACUUAUUGUCUUGUGGCUCAUCAUCUCAGAGUGACUCCUCGUCUGAUGUUCCAAAGCCAUCACCGGUGAAUCCAUUUGUUACAACUACAGUUGUUACUAUCCCAUCUGUUUCACGGAUCCCAGAAUCCCAAGUAUCACAUCCCACCUACUCAAUACCAACUAGUCCUACAGGAAUGUUCCUAUUGCCUGCCUAUAUUCAUUCUUUACCCAACAAUAUAAGUGCUGAUAAUUGUUCUGUAUCAACAAAUGAUUCCUUACUAUUACAUUAUCCAUGGCCUACAACUUCAACUUCAUCAGAUCAAUCCUCCUCUCCUACUGAACAGAAAAGUUUAACGACAAUGGGAAUAACCAAAUGCUUACUUCGAAAGCAUAAAAAUAACCGUAAGCCAAGGACACCAUUCAGCACUCAGCAGCUUUUGUCUUUGGAACGGAAAUUUCAACAAAAGCAGUAUUUAUCAAUUGCUGAACGAGCAGAAUUUAGUGCAUCUUUACAGCUUACUGAAACACAAGUGAAAAUAUGGUUUCAGGUUUGUCAUUAG